AUGCCGCCUCCGUCUGGCUUCACGGAAAUCCAGAGGCCUUCACACCUUUCCGGGCGGGAUUCCCUCGAAUUGGCGUCGCUCGCUGACUCCGAGCCCGAUGAACUCCCUGAUUCCGAGGUGUCUUCCCGCUCCGGGAUCUCGUCGUCUCGCCGCAUCUCCUUUGAGAACGAGGACCCCCUAGACGCCGCCAACCCAGCAUCCCGCGACCGUCUCCAUGGCAGGUCCUACUCAGUGUCGUCCGCCUUUGAUUUCACGCCAACCCUCUUCCCCCUCUCCUCGACCGGCGGGGGAUACACUGCGCUUGGAAACCCGUCCACUGUCUCCCUGGAUAGACGUGCGGCGCUGCAGAGUCUGGAGAAGAACAAGACAUUGACAUACAUGAACGGCCUGUCGUUGGUGGUGGGACUGAUUAUCGGAUCGGGGAUCUUCUCAUCUCCAGCACAAGUAAACUCCCAGGUCGGAUCCCCUGGAGCGUCAUUGAUCGUAUGGACAAUAUCAGGAGUACUGGCAUGGACUGGUGCGGCAUCGUACGCCGAGUUGGGCGGUGCAAUCCCCCUGAACGGGGGUGCUCAGGUGUACUUGGCCAAAAUCUUCGGCGAAAUGGCCGGCUUCCUCUUCACCUGGUGCGCCAUUCUUGUCAUGAAACCCGGGUCCGCAGCCAUCAUUGCCAUCAUCUUUGGAGAAUAUGUCGUGCGGGCGGCGAUUGGCGCCGAGGUCGAGGAUGUCAAUCCGUGGAUCAACAAGGUCCCGGCGCUCCUCGCGCUGAUGCUCGUCACGCUGUUCAAUUGCGUGUCGACGCGUUUCGCAGCCCGACUGGGCGAUCUGUUCAUGUUCUUCAAAUUCAUCGCGCUGAUUGCCGUCACCGUCAUCGGCGUCAUCGUCGCGGCCACGGGUCUCUCGUACAACAGCCCGGCCAACCGAGACUGGCGAGAUCACCAUUGGUUCGAAGGCACGUCGACCGACAUCUCCAGCUGGGCUGUCGCGUUGUAUGCCGGGCUCUGGGCUUACGACGGCUGGGACAACACGAACUACGUGACAGGCGAGUUCAAGAACCCGAGCCGUGAUCUCCCCCGCGUCAUCCACACCGGCAUGCCCGCAGUGAUCGUGUGCUACCUGCUGGCCAACGUGUCGUACAUUUUCGUCCUGCCGCAGGAGACGAUCGACAAGUCUAACACCGUGGCCGUGCAGUUCGGCAGCAAAGUAUUCGGCCCCAUCGGCGGGCUGGUGCUGGCGCUGAUCGUGUCGGCGUCAUGCUUUGGCGCCUUGAACGCCACGACUUUCACGUCCGGCCGCCUCGUCUACGUUGCCGGCCGCGAGGGCUAUAUCCCCGAAGUCUUCGGCAAGAUCGGGUUCGGAUACUCGUCGGGUCCACAGGAGACGUCUCUGAGCAGCAUGCCGCUGAACAAGCUGCGCCGUCGGUCCUGGCUGUCCAAGAUGCUGGGCCGCAUAUUCGGCGACGAGUCCAUCGGCUUCGGCUGCACGCCGGUCAACGCCAUGUUGCUGAACAUGGUCAUGUGCAUGAUCUACAUCUGCCUGGGCGAGUUCAAGACCUUGAUCACCUUCUACGGCGUCGCAGGCUACUCGUUCUACUUCCUCACCGUCUUGGGCCUGAUUGUCCUGCGCAUCCGCGAGCCCCAUCUCGAGCGCCCUUACCGCACCUGGAUCACCACCCCCAUCAUCUUCUGCUGCGUCAGCCUGUUUCUCGUCAGUCGCGCCGUCGUCGCCCAGCCCUUGCAGACUGUCAUCGUCAUCGCCUUUGCCGUGAGCGGAAUCCCCGUCUAUUUCUGGCGCGUGGCCGGCCGGGAUCAGUCGACCGGCUCGGGCAGGAGGGAAAGAAAGUUCUGGAGACGCUGGGGGCGGACUUGA